AUGAACAAUUUUAUUUUCCUUUCUGUCCAUCAUUUCUCUUUCCCAGAUUUCUUUGGAGCUUUUGUUCAAUAUCAUUCCUCCAUAGAUAUCUUCUACAUUGAUCUCUCCAUCUUUCUCGUUCCCAACCUCUCCUCAUUUUCCCAUUCUCUGAUUUUGAUUUCUCAUUCCCUUCAUAUGUUACUUUCUUUUUUCUAUAUCUCCAUGUCUCCAUUUCAUGAUCUCAAUCAAUGGAGAUAUUACUUUUUGGCAACCAAAUUUCUUUCUCUCGUUCUCCCUCCAUUUUUUUUUUAUGCACUUUCUGAAGCAGCCAAAAUUCUUCCUCCUUUAACAGCCAGAUUGUCUUCCAUCGUCAUCAUGCUCUUUUACAAUUCUCUCUUUGCCUUCUUUUCUUUUCCAAAUUCCUUCUCAAUCAUUUCAUUUCUUUUCUCUCCCAAUUGUGCUCUUUACAAAAUUCUUCUUCCCUUUUUCUUUCCCAUUUUCUUUAUCUCUACCUUUCACAUUUUCAAAAAGAAAAUCUUUCAUUCUCUUUGCAAUUCAAUCUAUAUUUCAGGGAUUGUUCUCUCUCCUUUUUUUCCUUUUCUCUUACUCUCUCCACCUGAUGGACUUUCUUUUUCAUUCCCUUUCUUUUUUAUGUCUCAAAGGAUUUUUCAUUCAUCUUUCUACGUCACAUCCAUUCUCUCAUCUCCUCUCUUUCUUUUCCAUUAUCGAUCUUCGUAUCUUCCAUUAUCCUACCAUCUUUUUUCAUUGUUUUUCUAUUUUUAA